UUUAGCGAGAGCCAGCCUGAUGCUGCUGCUCCGAAGUCGCAACAGCGUAGCAGCGUCGUAUAGCGCGCAGCAGAGUCUCGACGAGUCGCGGCGAGAGCUGUGAUACAUACCAAGUACAUACAUAACUAUAUAACGUUAAAACGUGUGCUGUGUUGUUGCAGCAGCAGUAGCAGUGCCCGUCAGCGUGACUGUGUCGCUUAUAUAGCAUUGCGCGCACAUAUAGAUACAUACGUACACCACGUUGUUAUUUAUGUGUGCUGCUCGGCGCGCUGUGCCGAGGAGAGCGAUUGCGAAUUCCUCGUUUACAAAAGUGUGCUUCGGUGCUGCUUGCUUCGAUCGAGCUGAGUUAUCGCUCAUAGCUUAGCCUCUCUCGUUGUUCCGAGGAGCUGAAGAAAGAAAGAAAGAAGUUGAAUUGAAAAAAGAAACAACGAAACCUAGGGAACCUCGUCGUCGGGGACACUGAUAUACAAGCGUGCGCAGUACGCGGAGCCUCGCGUGCACACGUUACUAUCUCGAAACUACGUACUAUAAUGCAAGUGCGUCCUCUAUAACUCGCCUCGUGCACUACGUAUCGACGAACAAUAAAAGUAAAGAGGUUUCACUUCAAAAAUUCAAAACCAAAAAAAACAAUAUCACAACUACGUCGUCGUCGGGGUGCACAAGUGCAACGACGCAAGACUCGCUGCUGCUGGAAAACGAGUUCAAUCGUCUCGUGCUGGAUACGCAUCUCUCUCUCCCUAUCUCUCUCUUCUCUUUUUCAGGCUGCAACAGUAGCGCAGUGCAGUGCAGUACAACAGAGUCUGUAUGUGCAGUGCGUGCGUGAGUGUGUUUUACGCAGUCUCUCUCUCUCUCUCUAUAUAACUUGAAAGUCCGUGUAUUAUAAUGUGCGCCUAGUGCCUAGUGCCUAGUGCUCUGCUGCGGAGUGCACAUUAUUAUAAUACGGCCGAGCGUGUGUUGUUCUCCUCUGCGCAUACAUAAGUGUGUGCGAAUUCGAGUGUGCGUGUGUGUGUGUGUGAGAAACGCGUAGGUGUCAGUGCGCUCUCGAUCUCUCUAUCUCGCUCGCUCGCAGCAGUAGCUCGCGAGUGCGUUUGGUGUUGUGUCCGUGUGAGUGUGCUGGCGCAGAGCAGCACGGCACAUAGUGUUUUGCAGCCUGCUAGUAACUGGCGAGUUGCGAGAGAGUAGAGGCGAGCUGCGUGCGUCUAGUGACUAGUGCGCGCGACGACUGCUACUACCUACCUAUCCACUACACCUCGCUACCUACUCGCCACUAGCAGUGCCGUCUCGUCUGUCGAGUUGGCCAAGGUUUCUCGCUCUCUCUCUCUCUCUCUCUCUUUCGCUGUCUAUCUAUCGUCGCUGCUGCUCGCCUCGCGAGUUUAGAACUCGAUUUUCGAGGCGCACCAGUGACUAGCCUCUGGCACACCUAACAGCAGCAGCAGCGAAGCAGUGCCUGCCUGCCUGUCGCUCGUACUGGCGGUUAUGCCCAAGUACUACGACGUUAUUGCAUACCAGCCAUAAUAUCGUCGUCGUCUGUUGCAGUGCAGUGCAGUGCGAAUCGUGAAGUGUAUGUGCAGUGUGCUCUACUGCUAGUGUGCUGCAAUACACAUUAUUAUUAUAAUACGUGUUGGUGAGUGAGUGAGAGAGAAUCAACGUGAGAGUGUGUGUGUGUGUAGGUGCGCGCACUCGGUGUGUGUUGGUGUUAGUGCGUUGGUGGUCCGUCUCGACUGGCGCAUGGAUGCGCCAAAAAACCUCCUCGACGACCAGAGCCCUCCCAAGAAGAGGAGCCUUGGCGCGCUAUAGCUAUUGAAAAUGAUUCGGACGAUCGGCCCUGGCAUGAGCAGCAGCGCCCGCAUCACCAGCAGCAGCACGCAACAAACUACUACCACUAAUUCUGCUACUACUAAUUCUACUACUACCACUACUGCGCUUUCCUCGGCGUAUCUCGGCCACACGGCCAUUAUGCUACUACCGAGCAGUAGCCGUUAAUCGAAAAUUACUUGCUGUGUGUUUCUGUGUUCAGUGGCUAGCCUAGUGUGGCUAGCGAUAAAUCGUUAUUGCACGUGUGCUGCUGAUUCGAGAUAUAUGUGCGAGAGGCAUUUACGGUCAGCCUCUGAGUGCGCGUAGUGCAGUGCAGUGUGUGCAUUUUAUAAUAUACAUUAAAAAAAAAAAAAAAAAAACGUGUGUGCACACGCCAUACGCCAACAAAAGUCGUCAUCGUCGUCGUCUUUCGUCUUCGUCGUUGUUGCGCGUUGAUGAUUAACACAACGCAGAGCGAGCGAGCGUCAUCGUCGAGUGCUCCUACUGCUACUGCAACGCUUUACAACUAUAAAUAUACACACAUGUGAUACAUAACUCUAUACUAUACGUAUAUAUAGUAGUGCAAUACAAUACAUACACACGUACGUCGUGUAUGUACAUGUUGAUCGUGUGUGCGAGUGAACACACACAGAUAAACGAUAUAUCAGCUCUUGCUGCUGUUACUGCGCUCCUCCGGACGACGUGUGGUUUUCGUCGUUGACCACGACGAGCCCAACCAGCCCCAUGAUGGACGAAUACUUGCUGCAGCAGGGCCCACCGGGCUACAAGCGCUCGCGAAUGUCCGAGCCGCCGCUGCCCAGUCUCACACCCAACGGCAACUUCAUAGAUGCUAGAUCCAAUAUGGUACCAUUCGGCUUCUUAGCGGGCCAAGAUAGAGACGCGGACAUGAACAUGGCUGCCAUGUCGAUGGGCGGUGGCAGCUUAGGCCUGAAUCCGGUGCAGGAAUUUGGACAGCUAUCCGCUCCUGGCCCGGACUGGCGGCACGCCAUCGCGCCCGACAGUCGAAAUCGUUUCGUCUACAAAAUAUCGCAGGCGUUAAUGCACAGCUCGAGAAACGGCGAGAACGUGGACAACCGAUUGCCAAAGUGGAUAUCAGCUGCGAGAAAAAUUGAGGGUAAAGCCUUUAAGAUGGCAACGUCUAGAGCGCAGUACUUUAUUCUUGCGAAAGAAGAAAUUCAUAAAAUACAGUCAGGAUACGGUUUCCCCGCUCUGGUGACUAGUCAACAAUUUAUUCCGCCGAGCAGUACGACCUCGUCCACAGCUGCCAACCAUAUUCAAUUACUACAACAAAAUAGUUACGGUUUCGGGGAACAAGCUCCUGUGACGCAGUCGUACAGCCAGCCCGGCCUCGCCCACUCGGCCACGUCGGUCAACAUAUUCCCCGAGGAGCCCGUGGGUACGGGUGGCUCCAUGAGAAUACCCGUGACCAGCUCGAUGAGCACGCCGCGCCCGAGUCGCGGCAGCGGCGCCGGUGGCACCAUGGUUCACGAGGUCUCGAGCAGCACCAUACCAAUAGGUACUUUGUUGCUUGCACAAACUUUAUCACGAUCACCACGCGCCCACCACCUCCAACAACAAUACCACCACCACCACCACCACCAACAACAACAAAACCACUACCACAACAACAACAAUAUCAACAACCAUUUUCACCUGCAACUACAACAUCCGCCACCACCUCCACUACCACCACCACCACAAACUCCAUCAUCCAAACAACAACAACAACGCCCGACGACUACGUCUUCGACGACUAACGUCGCCCGAGCUUUUCCAGGCGGAGGAGGCCACAAUAAUGGUGGCAACGUCAGUGGGGGUGGAGGUGGAGGCGGAGGAAACAGUGAUCCCCUGUUCUCGUGCAACUCGGUGGAUCACGGUGGUCUCGGCAGUGGAAGUUUGUUGCACUCCAUGAUACAGUCGGCACCGGCGGUCGGUACAUACGUCAAUCCCUCGCAGCCGAGAUUGCUCGGACCCGGCGAGGCCGUGCCCGGCGUGUUAUCGGAGAACAGCAGCAUAGUUAAUGCCCCCCAGCAGAUGCCUAUCAGCAGGAUGCAGUCCAAGGAGUGGCACAAGAGCGUCACGUUCAACGUUAGAAAUCGACUGAUUCGCAAAAUGGCGCAAAUACUUUCCACGACACCGGACACCCAAGGCAACUCGAUGGAAGCCCGAAUGCACGCGGCCAUCUCGAUUGCAACGGGCGUCGAAAACGAAACACACAGAGUCGCCAACUCGAUGACGCAGUACUACGAUCUGAUGGCGAAACGAUGCCAUUAUUACCUCCACAAACGUGGAAGUAACACGAACCAACCAUCGGUCCAAUUUUACGGAGGCGUGCCGGACAUUCGUCGCACGUACGAGGCCCUCGGAAUCGUCUAUCCGGGCAGCCCGACGACGUACUCGAACAACGUGGCGAGCAGCCCGCGCCUGCACGGCUCCGAGGCACCACCGCCUCCGCCGCCGCCCGGUGUCGUGCCUGUCAUUACCAGCGUGCCUUACUGCACGUAUAGCAGAACGACGACGUUACAGCAGGCUAAUCACAAUCAACAACUAUUAGAUCGCUUCUUGCAAAGCACAGUUGCAAAUGCAAUACAAUUGGAAGUUCCUGGAAAUUCCUCCAAUACGGCACCGGAAUCGAUAAAAAAUUUAGCUCACUCGUUUAAGUGCCAGCAGCGCGAGAACCAGGAGAACGACGUGCUGCUCCUGUGCACGUUGCCUUUUUGUCGUGAAACUAAAAAUCUUAUUACUCACAUGUCAACGUGUCAGAGCACCGGAUGCAAUGUGUGUCAAGUGCCGGGCAAAGAGAUUGUUAAUCACUGGAGAGAUUGUCGCGUAGUGGAUGAUUGCCCAGUGUGUUUACCAAUAAGACAGGCCGAAAUAAAUUUGAAUCAGUCACUUUCAGCUCCACCGCCGAUCUCGAACGGCCCGAGCAUGAAUCCAGCGCCGACGUUCCUGAGGCGUCCACACCAUCGCAGCUCGGCGAACGCACCACCGUUCCCGUCCACGCACACGGCCACGUCGGGCCUCUUGACGAAUCAAGUGCCGGGCGCGAACCAGGCUCCGCGCAACGAUCGGAUCUCGUCGCGCUCGUCGAUGUGGCACCCGAAUUAUCCGGAGAAUCCACCGCCUUGGCGCGCGUCCGCCGGCCCCAGCACCGACGACUCGCUCAACACCGUGAAUCGUCGCUCGACGGCGCGCUACAACUGGUACCCGAACAACGGCCGCAACUUCAGAAUGGAGAGGCGAGCCCCGUACCCCACGAAUCCCUGGAGCCAGCAGGACGUCCUGUACAUCCGAGAGAGUGGACCCAGUACCAGCGGCAUGCAGCAGCAGCCGCAUCAGCACAGCUCGCGAUCGAUGUUCGGCAACAGCGUCGGCAGCGGUCGCAGCAACGAGAGGGCACAGGCGCCUUACAUGUCGCCCUGGCGCAACGCCUCUCCCGAUUUGUACACGUUGGUCCACGGUAGAGCUCAAGUACCCGAACCAAUAGCAGAUUCAGAUGAACCAGUCAUUGUUCCAGAUGUAGAACCCGCAAUAACCGAAGUACAGCUGUUCCAGGCUAUGAUGAAGGUAAUCAGGACGAACGGCUGUCGUUUGGAGCAAAAGUUCCGAUGCCCCACUCGUCCAUGCGAAGGCCCAUGCAUUCAUCGACGUCUAGCCUCAUCGAUUCGAAGUCACAAAACGCCCAUUCCCGCAUGAUCUGGCUAUCCAGCAUCAUCAACAACGGCAGCAUUUUUGCUGUCUCGCUAUCGCACGUUCCUUAUCAUUAGCAUCAAUAUCCUCACCAAUGUUAUUCGUAUCAUAGAUCUAGUUUAUUUUCAAAGUGAGUUAUAUUUUUAUACGCGUCAAGAGACGACGAUUGCGACGAAAGCGAACUACCAAAUGUGUCGUAUGUUACUAUAAGCGUUUACUGUUCUUUUUUCUUAUUUCUUACCAGAAAUAUUUUGAAUGAGUCGAAAGGUUUACGCAAAAUCAACUCAUAUUCAUACUUUUCGUUCUAAUGCCUAUAUUGGUAUUAGAAAAAAAGAUUUUCAUAAAUUUAAAUAUUUUUCAUGUUCCAUUACUACAAAUAAUAACAAAAAACACCAUCGCUGAUAAUGUAAAUUUACUGUAGAUGAUCAUUUAAUAUCGAUGACUAUUAAAUGAUAUCUAACCAGAUUGUAGAUAUAAAUUUCAUUGAUCUUGUUUUUAUUUUAUUAUUUAAUUAUAGUUUACGAAUAUACAUUUGGAAAAAAUUGAUAAAAGAAAUUUUAAAAAACUAUAACAGUUUUUUUAUAAAAAUGCGACGGCCUCGGGUACAUCGUUAAAAAGUUGAGUUAAUUUGUUGAUAGUUUUAAAAGUGUAAUUGUGAUCUUUAAACGAAUAUCCUAUUUCGUUUUGUUACUGAUUAAUUUGUUUUUAAUGAUUCUUACUUUUGUUGUAUCUCUCUUGAGCAUUGUAAAAAAUACAAUGUUAUUUUUAUGCCAGUUCAUACGAAAAAAUGAACAACAAAUAAUUCGGAUCAUAAAAUCUGAUGCAUUGAUGUUUAUGAUGGAAAUUGUAUAAUUUAUCUUAGUUUUUAACGUGAAAUAUUUACCAUUGGUUAACUUUACAAUCGUUGGUUUACAAUUUUUUAAAAGGUUGGUUGAUAGUAUCCUAAUGUAUUAUUAAAAAAUUAUUUUAAAUUUAUAAAAAAUAAACUUUGUAGUAAUUUGGAUAUUAUUCACUAAAGUUGAGAAUGAAAAAUUCCUUUAGCACAAAGUAAACUGUUAUUGAUAAUUUGAAAUAAUGAUUUUUAUUAUAAAUUCUUUGUAUCUUAUACUUUUAUAUAGUUUUUAGUGACGAGGCCGUUGUGUCAAUUUAAGAUUGUCGAAUAAAUGAUUGAAAGAAUCGUUGGAGGCAAGACGUUUACUUAUUUUUGACUGCAAGAAACUUAAACGGAUGUUUUAUAAUGCAAUAAUUUAACGAUAUUGAAAAAGUGCUCGGAACUUCCGCUUAGUUUCGAAUGCAAAGUAAUUUGGUUUUUUGGGUGUAUGAAUAUGACUCGCUAUUUGGUAGUUUUUUAAUCGUUAAUUUCUUUCUGUCGUCGCAGUUGAGAACUGUUAAUUACCUUACCUAAAUAUAUUUCAAUGUGUAAAAAUGAUUUUUCGUAAUAUCGGUAUAAGUUCGAAAUUAAGAGAUCGAUUACAAUUAAUACACCUAAGAAAAGGCACAUUUUUCACCAAUGAUACAUAUAAAAAUACAUAUAUUUUACAAUAUUAUUCAUUGAGAAUCGCAACUCGUAUCGCAAAUCGUCAAUUAAGGAAAUAACAAAUAAAGAAACACGUGACUGUUCUAAAUUUUUGCGUUUUGACUUAACGAGUAUGGAAUUUUAGCAUAGAUAGAUAUAUUAUUUAAAAAAAAUAUGUAUAUGAACAUUUUCGCAUUUAAGAAAACAACAAAGCAGAAUACGACAAUUUGUGAUAUAAAUAAUGUUUUUGUAGAUAUAAUGAGCAAAAGAAAAUGUUUCACUGAGAAACAGGUUAAUAAUAAUUCUUAGUUUUUGCGUGAGACAAGAAAAAAUUAUCUCAAAAGUAAAUUUUUCGAUGAAGCAGAUACUUUUUUGCCAUAUAUUAUAUAUACCAAUGCAAUGAUCGAAUAUGUAAUCUUGUAAUGUGUCGAAGUUGUAUAAUCACUGAAACAAAUAAAGUGAAUCUUGUUUUAUGUAAGUGCUUGAACGAAUGAUCGAAUUCAAUAAAUAGAAAAAUUGUCGGAACUGUCAAACGCUCAAAUUGACUUUCAGCAACUAUCACACAUCAAAUACGAAAACAUUCGAUGAAACGAAACUCAAUCGCGGAUAAACGAUUUUGAAAAUCAAGACAUCUCGGUUGAGUAAACCGUGUGUCAGUUCAACGUAAAACGUGCAAUAUAUGUAAAUUGAUCGGCAAUUGCGAAGCGAUCGCGUUCCUUCGACCGGUUCAUAUGUUAUAAUGAUGAUUCAUUUUUUUUCACUUAAAAAAAAAGGACGUGUACAAUUGUGGAAUAACCGAAUUGCAUUUUCACGCGCGAGCAUCCAACUCGAUGAUAUUUACAAGAUAUAUAUAUUAUAUUAUAUAUAAAUAUCGUAUAAGCCCUGUGGAAGUGAUGAGAUUAUCUUCGAAACGCAGGUAACUGUAAAAUAUACACUCGUAUGUAUAUAUACAAUGUACGAAAUCGUAUAUAUACACACAAACACACAAAACAAACAAAUACACAAUGAACUUCUAUAAAUACAUAAAUAAAAUAAAACUUUGAAUCGAUUUGCGUUGUUUGUCAAAAUUCGAAAUCGAAUGGAAUCAUUACGGUACCCCCGCGAAAACACCGAACUCACCGGUACAGUAAGCCAUUUGUAUACUAGUGCAAUGUUCUUUUCACAUGACGAUUAGAAAAAAAUGAAUGAAUACAAAAUAAUCGAAGGAAGGUGAAAAAAAAAAGAUGGAAACAAAAGGAAAAUGUGUUAGCUGGCAUACUCAUGCUCACCAUUACAAUUGAACUAUCUCUCUUUUACUCGAUGACGCAUAAUAAUGUCUUUGUGUAUAAAAAUGUAUCCAUAAAUAACUUAACGAAUAAAAAGUAAUUCACUAGUUUUUA